AUGGCUUCAACUAUAGAGAGUGCGGAUUAUUGUUCAUUUUCUACUGUAUGCAAGAUGUGGCAUUUUUCUUAUUGUGGUGAAAGGUACCGCUGCCCCUCAAUUGGUUGCAUACUGAAACGACAAGUUGAGUCGAGUCCCUGGAAAAUCCUACCAGUUGCAGGCAAAAUAAGUCAACCACGCCGAUCAUCACAGCGAAAAGAGUUGCAUUUGGUUUUGAGAGACGGUGUUUUGGUAAACAGCAAGCCCCAAUGCAAACGAUCAUACCGAUCUGCCAUGGCAGCCUGUUGGUCACAUGAAACACACAGGAGCACAGGGGAAGUUUUAUUAUCAUGCGCGGUGCAAUAA